AUGAAGUCCUCAGCAUUUCUAUCAGUAUUGGCGACCUGUACUAGCGGUGCCGUCAUUUCGGCCCGCGAUACUGCAGUCGAUGUGUUGCCAUCAACAUAUAGCUGGGAUGUGAUUAAUUGGCAAGCCGGACUAUCUCAUGGAAACCCCAACGCUCCCCAAACUGGUUGGUAUGUCUUCAACGUGUCUAGCCCAGAGACAACAGUCGAUGGAUCAACAGUACCCGCUUUCUCAGCCCAGUGCCGAGGUUUUGCGGAAAACUUUCCUGUUGAGUCGCCCUUUGCCGACUGCACGUUGAGUGCAGGCGAAGCCGGCUCCAGCGUUCUUGCUCGAGUCUAUCCGACAGGCGACAACACCCAGUGUCAUAUGGCAGUCAGCUAUUUGACUUCCGGAAGCGACGGGAUCCGAAACCUCACCGGCUACACCACCAAGGACUGGGCGCGCGAGAGAGCCCCGUAUAACUUUACUAUUACGGACAUUGAGAUCAAGUAG